UAAAUCCCAAAACACAAAUGCUUGCUGCAGAAUUACAAUGAAAAAUAAACCUGUAUGCGGUUGUUUACAUCACAGAAACAGAAGUGAUGUUUUUGUCUGCCGUGUUCAACGUCAUCGGCCUCUGAUAAAACAGAAGUUGACAAAAAUUGCUAAAAUAACGAGUAAUAAGCAGUAUUGUUGGCGAGAAAAACUAAGAAUUCAUAUUAAGUGAAGUGUCGGAUCGUAAAAGAAAUGGAUCUCAGUUGCUUCUCGCAGGAUUCGUUUGAUGUUGUUCAGUGGACGAAUGAUUAUUUCAAAUCGAACGGAAAUGCGGAUAACAAAGAAGCCAUGGUUUCAUCACUAGUAUCGAGACUUCAGCUGUAUGUAGAGCAGAUGAACUACUCUUUAGAAAAGUCUAGUCAACAACUCAUAGUCACCAUGCCUCAUGUGAUCAAAGAUGUCAAGAUGAUUCAAACUGAGGUCGCCACGUUGACAGACAAAAUGCGCCAACUGCAGAGCGACAUCAGCCAUGUCAACCGGGACACAGGCGUCUACAUGCACCAGUUGGAACGCCUAGAAGGGGUGUACCAAAAGAUAAGCAUCGCAAAGCAUGGCAUGAAGGAAUCCGAUGGAUGGGGAAAGCUUACGGCCGAGCUAGACGAUUUGCUUGAGAGAAACGAUAUCUUUGGAUCGAAAAAUAAGUUUAUCGAUCUUAAAAAGUCAAUAUCCGCUCAAGAAGGUCUACCCGGUCAAACCGAGCGCACGCAGCAAUUUGAGUAUUUUACAAACCGAAUGGAAGCCCUGGCCAGUCCAUCGGUUAUCCAGUACAUUCAGCAAGGAGACGUAACUCAAUGCCUAAAAUAUGUAGAAAUUUUCAGAAUAAUAGACCGUUUGCCGCAGCUGAAGCAGUGCUAUCGAACAGUGCACAAGAACGCAUUAGUCGAAAAAUGGUCGAAAAUUGCCGAAGCCGAAGACAGUUACGACAUGAAUAGCGUAUUGUCUGAGUUCAAUAAUGUGAUUUUGGAAUUUCUUCAAAAUCAACAGAAAUGGUGCAAACAAGUUUUUCAAAGUCACCUGGAGCCUCUGGAAACUGUGGUGGAUUCUUUAACAAAUCUACAAAGUCUCAAGCAAGCUUUCGUCAUGAAUCAUUUGAAGAAAUCUGUAGGGAAAUUUGAAUACCUUGCGUUAAUUGCUGCUAGCGACUGUCAAUUUACAAAUGCUUUAGAGAAAAUAUUGAUUGAAUUACCGGCCGACAAAGCAGAAGACUUAUCUGCGGCGCUCUUUUCCUAUUUCGAUGUGUUCGUUGAACAAUAUCCAUCUCUCGAGAGAAGCUUUUCAAAUAAGAUGUUGGAAGAGAUGAAAAUGAAUGCUGCAAGCGUGGUUGAGAAUGUCAGUACAUUAGAUGCGUGUAACGCGAAGGUUUCAAAAUGGUUCACAGAUGCUACCAAUCGUUGCAUAAAUAUCACCCAGAAUAAAUCCUUGCCACAGUUGGUUAAAGUUUUCCGCAGCUUUGUUGCACUUUAUGUGGAAAAGUAUUCGACCGUACAAAAACAACUGAUGCUCAAUCAAAAUGAUGAAAUCAAUUGGAGUCUGAUGCAGCUGAAUCUGAACCUACUGCAACAUCUUGGAGAUUUCAUGCAAAUAAUUGAACAAUGCGAAAAGAAAAUCUUUGUUUCUCUGGAGCCAAGAGAGGUCGAUAGUGGCAACAGUACAAUAUGCAAUCAACGAAUUAUUCGUCAUAAUACAAAAGCAAGGGAUCUUCUAGCACCCUCAGUAGAUGCGGGCAAUUCCGUUUUUUCGAAAGAACUGCAAACACUACAGAAAGUGGCCAUUGAGAUCCACGACUGCGUUUUGAAACACAUAUUCGUGUACAUCGAAGCUCAAUUCAAGCAGAUGGAAUUCACCAUAAAACAGCAUAGCGAAAACUACGACCUCCCAGAUUAUAGCUAUGCACCUCAAGAAUACGUCACCCAAAUAGGUCAAUACUUGCUGACUUUGCCUCAACAUUUGGAGCCACUAUUGCUCUCCCCGUCGCCGGCGCUCAAAUUCAUCAUGGAGUUUUGCGAAGACAAGUACAAAGGCGAAAAGGCUUGCGCAGAUGUUCUGCUGUUCCUCAUCGUGGAAGAAACCACCGCCAUGUACCAGGAGAAAAUUGACGAAAUACUGAGUUUAUCGGCAUCGAGCGCUAAGCAACUGGCUACGGAUAUUGAAUAUUUUGGCAACGUUCUGGAGGAAAUGAGCCUGACGUUAAGUACGAAUUUGCAACAGAUCAUUGUUCUACUGCGAGCACCGUUGGAUCAAUAUAACGCCGUAAGCGCGGGCUACAAUCCCAGAGUGGUAACAUCAAUUAGACAGAAGCGAAAUAUUUUGUCGUGUUAAACGAAAAUAAAAUGAAUGUGGAAAAAAAAUUAAAAAAAAAA